AGAAGUUUUAUCACAGUAUUGUGAGUCAUGGAGUAGAGAUGAUGCUCAAAGGCAGUACAUUGUAGAACUUGGUAUACCAGAAGAAUGGAUGCAUGAAGCUCUGGCUCUUUAUCACGAAUACUAUGGAGAUAAACAGGGCGCACUGGAGAAUUUGAUUCAGUGUGGCAACUGGAAGAAAGCUCAUACUAUUUUCGUGACUUCUGUUGCUCAUUCUAUGUUUCUGUCAUCUAACCAUCAGGAGGUCUGGAGGAUCACAAGUGCCUUGGAGAACCACAAGUAUGAAAUUGCUGACUGGGACCUUGGUGCCGGAAUAUACAUAGACUUCUACGUUCUGAAGAACUCAAUGCAAGAAAGAAAUGCCAUGGAUGAUUCGGGUUCACUCGAGGAGAUGAGUGAAUCAUACAGAAGUUUCUUUGGCCGAUUAAACGAGUCGUUGUUAGUCUGGGGAAGCAAAUUACCUGUUGAGUCAAGUGUCGUGUUUGACAGGGCAUGCUACUCGAAGAUGGCAGAGGAGCUAUGCGCGCUUCUGGUGGACACCCCAAGCGAGACGCUGAACCUACCCAUGGGGUGUCUUCUAACGAUGCUCAACGCUCCAGUUCCGGACGAUAGCAGGUCGUCGUACCUGCAGGACGCACUCUCCGUCUUCACCGAAAUCCUUUGCAGCGAUCCGUAG